AUGAGCUUCAGGGUUCCUCCACUGGACCUUGCCAGGGUGAGAGGUAUUGAGGAACGUGACCAUUCCCUGGCGGUGGGCGACACACACUGGAGCUUCUCCAGCGCAUGUGCAUGCCACUGGAGCUGUAUCACACCCACUGGAGCUUCUCCAGCGCUUGUACACGAUGCUGGAGCUGUACCACAUACACUGGAGCUUCCCCAAUACCUGUACACAAUGUUGGAGCUGUACCACACCCCUCACUGCUAUGCCAGCACAAGUGCACACUGCUGGAGCAGUAUCACACCCACUGGAGCUUUCCAGCAUCUGUGCACAAUGCUAUAG